UUUGGCAAUGAUUCAUUUGAAGUGGAGCUGCUCUCUGAGCUUAAAUGGCAUGGGAUACACCCUAUUUUUCAGAGUUGUUUGCUGCAUAUGCAUGUUCCAACAGAUGAUAUCUUAUUUUCUAGCCAUGCUGAUGUGACUGUAGAUUUGGCUGAGGCUAAUGAUGCUAUCAAAUGGAAAUUGAACCACUUCAUUAGCCACAAAGAUCACAGUGCUGAAGCCUUGUUUCAGGCUGAAUGGCCAUCUGGUAAU